AUGGUCUCUAUCAUACUUCCCUUAUUCUUCUUGUCCUUGUUUGUUGUUCAAGUUUCCUCUUGUAGCCAGAUUGAUAAGCUCUCCCUCUUGGCCUUCUCUGGGAACAUAUCCACCUCUCCACCCUUUCCUUCUCUCAAUUGGUCUGAUUCUCUCGAUUGUUGUAGUUGGGAAGGCAUUACUUGUGAUGGGGAUCUGAGAGUUACACAUCUUCUGCUACCUUCUAGAGGACUAACUGGCUUCAUCUCCCCCUCUCUCACAAACCUCUCUUCUCUCUCUCACCUUAAUCUCUCCCAUAAUAGGUUAUCUGGUAGUCUCCAGCAUCAAUUUUUCUCAUUACUCAAUCACUUGCUGGUUCUUGAUUUGAGCUACAAUCAUCUAUCUGGUGAAUUGCCACCUUUUGUUGGUGAUAAAAGUGGCAAAAAUAGUAGUGGUGGUGUUAUCCAGGAGCUGGAUUUGUCCAGUAACUUUUUCAAUGGGAUACUUCCAAAUUCUUUGCUUGAGAACCUGGCAGCUGCAGCAGCUGGAGGGAGUUUGGUGUCUUUGAAUGUUAGUAAUAACAGCUUCAUAGGUCAUAUUCCCACUUCUCUCUUUUGCAUUAAUGACCAUAACUCCUCCUCUCUCAGAUUCUUGGAUUAUUCAUCCAAUGAUUUUGAUGGUGCCAUUCAACCUGGACUUGGAGCAUGCUCCAAGCUGGAGAAAUUUAGAGCAGGUUUCAAUUUUCUGUCAGGGCCUAUCCCAAGUGAUCUUUUUUAUGCUAUUUCUCUCACAGAAAUCUCAUUGCCCUUCAAUAAACUCACUGGAACUCUUGGCGAUGGUAUUGUUGGACUUACCAACCUCACAGUUUUGGAGCUCUACUCCAAUCAUUUCACAGGUUUAAUCCCCCAUGAUAUUGGUAAACUCUCCAAGUUGGAAAGGCUACUCCUUCAUGUCAACAAUUUGACAGGUACUAUGCCCCCAUCUCUGAUGAACUGUGUCAAUCUUGAGGAGUUGAAUUUAAGGGUCAACCUCUUGGAGGGAAAUCUCUCUGCAUUCAAUUUCUCAGGAUUCCUUAGCCUUACUACACUUGAUCUUGGCAACAAUUAUUUUACCGGUGUUUUACCACCAACCCUUUUUGCAUGCAAGUCACUUUCAGCUGUGAGGUUUGCAUCUAAUCAGCUUGAGGGAGAGAUUUCACCCAAGAUACUUGAACUAGAGUCUUUAUCUUUCCUAUCAAUUUCUACUAAUAAGUUGAGGAAUGUUACUGGGGCUCUGAGAAUACUCAGGGGGCUCAAGAACCUUAGUACUCUUAUGCUCUCCAAGAAUUUUUUCAAUGAAAUGAUACCACAAGAUGUGAACAUAAUAGAGCCAGAUGGAUUUCAAAAACUGCAGGUUUUAGGAUUUGGUGGUUGUAAUUUCACAGGUCAAAUACCAGGCUGGCUUGUGAAACUUAAGAAGCUUGAGGCCCUGGACCUGUCCUUCAAUCAAAUUAGUGGUCCAACUCCUCCUUGGUUGGGUACACUUCCUCAACUUUUCUACAUGGACUUGUCUGUUAACCUCCUUACGGGAGCAUUUCCAGUAGAGCUCACAGAACUCCCAGCACUGACAUCACAACAGGCAAAUGAUAAAGUGGAAAGGACUUACUUUGAGUUACCUGUCUUUGCUAAUGCAAACAAUGUUUCUCUGUUGCAAUAUAACCAGCUUUCAGCCCUACCUCCAGCAAUAUAUCUAGGAAGCAAUCACCUUAAUGGCAGUAUCCCUAUUGAGAUUGGGAAACUCAAAGUCCUUCAUCAGCUGGACCUGAAAAAUAACACCUUCUCUGGUGAUAUACCAGUUCAGUUAUCAAACUUGACUAACUUAGAGAAACUAGACCUCUCAGGAAACCAGCUAUCUGGUGAAAUUCCUGAUUCCCUUAGAAAUUUACAUUUCUUGUCUUUUUUCAGUGUAGCAUUCAAUAAUCUUCAAGGACAGAUACCAACUGGCGGUCAAUUUGAUACUUUCUCCUAUUCCAGCUUCGAAGGAAACGCACAAUUGUGCGGUCGAGCCAUUCAGCGCUCUUGUCCUCAACAAAAUACUACGAAUACUAGUGCAGUUAGUCGCAGUUCAAACAAAAAAGUAAUGAUUGCACUUCUCAUUACCGUCAGUUUUGGCUUUGGUUCCUUGAUAACAGUGUUGACUCUGUGGAUACUAUCCAAGAGAAGGGUCAAGCCAGGACGAGAGCCUAACAAGAUUGAAAUGGAAUCAAUUUCUCCCUACUCCAACAGUGGAAUUCAUCCUGAAGGUGGUAAGGAGGCUAGCCUAGUGGUAUUGUUUCCCAACAAGAAUAAUGAAACCAAGGACCUUACCAUAUUUGACAUCCUAAAAGCCACUGAAAAUUUCAGUCAAGCAAACAUAAUAGGAUGCGGGGGCUUUGGUUUGGUUUAUAAAGCAACAUUACCAAAUGGAACUACACUGGCCAUCAAGAAACUUUCAGGAGACUUGGGCCUCAUGGAAAGGGAAUUCAAAGCCGAAGUAGAGGCUUUGUCAACAGCACAACAUGAAAAUCUGGUGGCAUUGCAAGGCUAUUGUGUGCAUGAUGGAUUCCGGCUUCUCAUGUAUACGUACAUGGAAAAUGGAAGCCUCGAUUGUUGGUUACAUGAAAAACCUGAUGGUCCAUCGCAACUUGAUUGGCCAACUCGCUUGAAGAUUGCACAAGGAGCAAGCUGUGGUUUGGCUUAUUUGCAUCAGAUAUGUGACCCACACAUCGUGCAUCGCGAUAUCAAGUCAAGCAACAUACUCCUUAAUGAAAAUUUUGAGGCACAUGUUGCUGAUUUUGGGUUGUCUAGAUUGAUUCUUCCAUAUCAUACUCAUGUUACCACUGAACUUGUUGGUACAUUAGGCUACAUUCCCCCAGAGUAUGGACAAGCAUGGGUGGCUACUCUGAGAGGAGAUGUGUACAGCUUUGGGGUUGUCAUGCUUGAGCUGCUGACAGGGAGGAGGCCUGUAGAUGUUUGCAAGCCAAAAAUGUCAAGCGAGUUGGUUGGCUGGGUUCAACAAAUGAGAAUCGAAGGAAAGCAAGAUCAAGUAUUUGAACCUCUUCUGAGAGGGAAGGGGUUUGAAGGAGAGAUGCUGAAGGUACUGGAUGUGGCUUGCAUGUGUGUCAGCCACAAUCCUUUCAAGAGACCAAGCAUCAGAGAAGUUGUUGAAUGGCUGAAGAAUGUAGGAUCAGACAACAAGCCAACACAGAAAUAA